CCGCACGUCGACAACCGACGAAAUGGGUCUUGCGUCUAGAUUUGCCACAAAUAUCUUGUGCAAAAAUGCAUCAUUUAAGGGACCAUUUGUGUCUCUUAAGAUGCAGAGUAGGCCUUGUUCGAUGGCAGUUAUUGCAGACGUGAGGAGUAAGAUUGAGCAAAAGAGGCAGCAAGCAAUUGAAGGAGGUGGUCUGAGAAGGAUCGAAGCUCAACAUAAACGGGGGAAGUUAACAGCCCGUGAGCGAGUCAAUCUACUCGUUGAUCCUGAGAGUUUUGUUGAGUUUGACAUGUUUGCUGAGCAUCGAUGUACCGACUUUGGAAUGGAUGCUGAUAACAAAAAGUUUCCAGGUGACGGGGUCAUAACUGGACAUGGUUUGAUCCAUGGUAGAGUUGCAUAUAUUUUUAGCCAGGACUUUACAGUUCAUGGUGGUAGCUUGUCCAGUGCUCAUGCCCGUAAGAUUUGCAAGAUCAUGGACCAAGCCAUGGAGGUCGGAGCUCCUGUCAUUGGGUUGAAUGACUCGGGAGGAGCUCGGAUCCAGGAAGGGGUGGAGUCUCUAGCCGGGUACGCCGAUAUCUUCCAGAGGAAUGUGAUGUCAUCUGGAGUCAUUCCUCAAAUCUCACUCAUCAUGGGACCAUGUGCUGGUGGCGCUGUUUACUCCCCUGCAUUGACUGACUUCACUUUCAUGGUUAAGGAUACCUCAUUCCUCUUCAUAACAGGACCAGAGGUCGUUAAGGCAGUCACUCAGGAGGAUGUUACAUAUGAGCAGCUGGGUGGGGCCAAGACGCAUACAUCAAUAUCAGGCGUCGCUCAUGGGGCCUUUGAGAAUGACAUUGAUGCUCUGUUGAAACUCCGCCAGUUGUACAACUUCCUCCCUCUCAGUAACCUAGACCCCGCCCCUCUCAUGUCUUGCGAUGAUCCAAGUGACCGGUUGGUUCCCGUUUUAGAUAACAUCGUACCACCAGAAACCAACAAACCAUAUGACAUUCUGGAUGUAGUGCGUGCUGUUGUUGACAAUCGUGAGUUCUUUGAAAUUAUGCCAGCGCACGCAAAGAAUAUCAUCAUCGGCUUUGCACGGAUGGGUGGUAGAACUGUAGGCAUUGUGGGUAAUCAGCCAAAGGUCGCGUCAGGUUGUCUUGAUAUUAAUUCCUCCGUUAAAGGAGCGAGAUUUGUCCGUUUCUGCGAUGCGUUCAACAUCCCUCUAGUCACAUUUGUUGAUGUGCCAGGUUUUCUACCUGGGACUGCACAGGAGUACGGUGGAAUAAUCCGACAUGGAGCUAAGCUUCUUUAUGCUUACGCUGAGGCUACGGUACCUAAGAUAACAGUCAUCACUAGAAAGGCAUACGGCGGAGCUUACGAUGUUAUGAGCUCAAAGCAUCUAAGAGGUGAUAUUAAUUAUGCAUGGCCCAGCGCUGAAGUGGCUGUUAUGGGAGCUGCUGGUGCAGUACAGAUCAUCUUCAAAGGACACGAUGAUGUCGUCGAGAGAGAAAGAGAGUAUGUUGAGAAGUUUGCUAAUCCAUUCCCAGCAGCUACCAGAGGUUUUGUGGAUGACAUCAUUGAGCCACAGACAACGAGAAAAAGGAUAUGCAGAGAUUUGAACCUCCUAGCCAGCAAGAAACAAAGCAAUCCUCCCAAGAAACACGCAAACAUGCCUCUGUGAUUGUACAUUAUCAUUCAAGUCUCUGCAAUAACCAGAAAGAGUGUGAUGUAAAAGUACAAGGUAUGCCAACUUAUAUUAACACAUUGGCUUUAUAUGGUAUAGGUGCUUAAAGCCAACUACUGAUGAGUUGUAAGUUAUGAAUGUAAACUUUGGCAGUGGAUUGUGGCUGCAGAAAAUAAACAGGCUCAAAUUAAGCUUUAAUUUUUGGCUUUUAGGUGCUUAACCCUUUAGUCCCUGCACCGCCCGAGUUUGCUGAAAACCAAUUUCUCAAGAUUCUUGCAGUAAAUUACUGAAUAGUAGUUCGCAUUUUAAAAGCUUAAUAUGGCUUAAUAUGUAUGUACAAUUUUUUACCCUUUCGGUAAUAUUUGUAUAAAAGUACAAGUGCUUAUGGGAACAAUAAAUGCCUCUCGUUAA